UAAUGCCGAAUUACACUCAGCUCCCUGUUAGUUUGAGAAAAUUGCAUUGCUUUUUAGAAAUGAGAAAUUGAUUCCCGAAGGGCGAAGACCUUUCUCUUUCUCACGCCCAUCCGGCGUUGCCUUCCGGGAUUUUCUUAUCUUGUACACGAUCAGAUUAAUUUCCUGUGAUUCAGAUUCCUAAUCAGUUCUGGCAUUUUUCAAUCCAUGGGAGUUACAGUGGACAAUCCAUUCACUCGCCUGGACACUGUGCAUCAGCCUGUCAUUCCCGGACUGCCUGAUGACCUGGCUUUGCGAUGUCUUGCAAAGUUGUCCCAUGGGCACCAUGGAGUACUGGAAACUGUCUCAAAGAGGUGGAGAGAUUUAAUUCGUAGCUCAGAUUAUGCCUGCUAUAAAGCUAAAGAAGGAUGGUGUGGAAAUUGGCUGUUUGCUCUUACUGAGCAAUCUAAGAACCAGUGGAUUGCCUAUGAUCCUGAGGCUGAUAGGUGGCACCCCCUUCCAAAGUUUUUAGGGGAUUAUGCUGACUGGCAUCACUUUGGCUUUUCUUGUGUUUGUGUUUACAACCGACUCCUAGUGAUUGGUGGGUCCUAUACACCACACGAUUCAUCACUGCCUAAUCAGAAGCCUUUGAUAACUGAUCAUGUGCUGCAGUUUGAUCCAUUUAGAAAAGAGUGGAAAAGCAUGGCAAAGAUGCGAACACCACGUUCUCAUUUCGCAUCUGGUGUUAUCUCUGGUAAGGUUUAUGUUGCUGGGGGACGCAACUCGUCUUGCACCAGAGGACUUGCCUAUGCUGAGGUUUACGAUCCGCUAGCAGACAAGUGGGAGGAGUUGCCGCCAAUGCCGAACCCACAGAUGGACUGCUUAGGCUUAUCAUAUAAAGGCAAACUUCAUGUUUUGAGUGACCAGGUAGGCCUGUCAGACAUGAAUGCAUCUCAAGUUUUUGAUAUAUCAAGCAAAGGAUGGUGCACGGUAGAGGACAUAUGGCCCUUCUCUAAGGCAAUGCAAUUCUCAGUUCAGGUCAUGGGUGAUGGUCAAGUGUAUACGGUUGUUGAUUGGGGUGAAAGCUUGAUUAAAACAAGAGAUUGUGAGAAAGGAGAAUGGUAUAAUGUUGGUGCAGUUCCUUCAGUUACUCUUCACAACCAUGCACGAGCAUUGGAAGCCUUUGGUUAUGGAUUUGCAACCUUAAGAGAGGAAUUAUAUAUAUUGGGUGGAAAGGUUCUAAAGUGGGAAGAAGCAGGAACCGGAAGAUUUGACAUUGUUAGAUUGGGUUUGGUGAGGACAUGCAAUCCAGUAAUCAGGCCAUUAAAAUGGAAGGAAGCUAGACCCAUGUGUCGGCCAUCAUGUGGCUCUAUACUCGGAUGUGCAUCCUUGGAAGAGAAAUGUUUUUUAUAUUAAAGGUAAUGGCUAAACCAAAAUUUCCUUGAAUCGUACAUCAUGGAAAAUAUAUGUUCUUUUGCUGAACAAGCCCCCAGACUUUUAUAUUUGUGUUUGGGUCUGUUUGGUGUAUGCAUACGUGGAAAGUAACCCAGUUAUGUUCUUUAUGGACAUUUUUCCUUGUACAGCUUGACAGUAGAUUGCAGAUUACGUUUUUAUCGGUAUCCUUAAUGAACUGAAAAUCAUUUUUAGUGCGAGAAUUAACACAUCAAAGUUAAUACAUUCAUGUUCACA